ACUGCCCCCACCAGCAGAGACUGCGCGAGCUUGCGAGCUUGCAGGGGUCGAAAGCUCUCAGUUCGCGGCAGGAGGCGUUCGCGCGAGCAUCGCUACGUUAUAGAGAAAGAAGGCGAGGUCGGUUAUAAAACAGGGCGAGAAGGAGGCAGUAAGACGCUUGGUUUGAGAUAUGGAGCCUGAUGCAGGGGGAGAAUGGUCCAGCCGCAAGCCAUUACCGCGUUACGCUUUCGUUGCGCCGCGAGCCGAAUCUCAGCCCGGUUUUCUGCAAGAUGGAGACAUCGAACAAGUUUCGCCAGCUAAAGACCGUCAAGCUCAGCGUCGAUGCCACCUACCGGCUUGACAUCAGUUUCAAGCCGCCUCAAGUGCUGCAAUCGCUGGCGAUAGGCGGCAAAGAGACGCCCGCUGUGGAGCGAGCUCGCGACGGCACUGCCUGCGCGUACAGCGCCUACCACAGCACGAAGGACGUGCCAGUUAGUCCGCGCGGCCACCGCGAGGAUCUGCAGAUCGCGAUGCGGGUCCUGAGCUCGGGCAACCUCACCACGUGCCUGCAGAUCAAGUACUACCCGACCGGCGAGCAGAGCCACUGCCAGUGGGGCUCGCGGCUCCACUGCAUCGAGCUCGACUGCACCAGCGUCGAGGGCCGACUCGUCAUGGUCGAUCGAGAGACCUACAGAAAGCUCGGCAUCACUGCCUGAUCGCUUGUUCGUCAGCUCGACGCCCUUUAACUGCGUAUGACUUACUGUACUAAAAUUUAGCUACGUUAUAUAUGCGUAUACAUUCAGGCUGUGCGUGCGUCUGCUAAUGCGCCGUAUAUCUAUAACGUUAUAAAAUGACGAGGUUGCUUUUCGGCAGGUUCGCGGUUGCGUUGAUUUUCUUCUCUUCGCGAAGAUAAGAGAUACCUUCCGUUUGCAGCACUCGCAUUAUACAGUGUAACGCGAUGCGCUCGCAAUUUUACAAUUGAUUUUCAACGAAAAGAUCUGCCUGAUCUGGGAUCGCUCUUGUUAUUAUUCUCUCGAUUUCGAUUUCUAUUGUUCACGCAAGACGACACACACCUGCGAAUAUCUAAUGCGUUUCGCGAUUGGUUCAAUAACGUAUUAUAUUAUAUCACGUAUAAGCGGCGACGCGAACAAUUUCGAAUUUAUGCGGUACCUCGUUCAAGCCAAACAUUCUCUACUUCUAGGAAUAUAAUGUCAUUUAUGAAUUACGUAUCAGAUAAUAUUUACAAACAUCGAAUCCAGUUUAAUACGCUCCUAGGCCUAAGCCGAGUCGAACGCAAACGAUUCGCGACGUAUGCGUAUAUAUACAAUGAAACGCUUGUCGAAAUUUUUUCAAAUUCUUUUUAUAAUCCAACAAUUAGAUUCAGAAUAUUAAGAACGUUAAUAAUCAUAAUGAUAAUCACACGAAAUACUUGCAUUUAACUAUACGUAAAGCGCGUAAAGUCCCCGACUUGCCCCUCGGAUUUCGCUUCGGGCAACGUAUCCAUAAUAUAUUAUAACGACGCGUACACGCAAGAAUCACGUUAAAGAGAUUUUUCCAAGGUAAAACUUCUUAUUCAUCGCCGUAUAAUACUUUGCUCGUGGUCUAAAUUAAGAAAAGGAACAAACUUGUACAGAGUGCAAAACGACACACGUUUUAUGUGCAAUUCCUAUUAUUAAAAUUAAAUACUUUCGCUGAAGCGCAUUGCCAUACAUCACCUCACGAACGUUCGGUUGUACUUUAAACUUUUUUUCUAUAUGUAUAAUAAUACUUGUAACAAAAUUAAAGUAAUAAUAAUUAUAACAAUAAUACAAUAUAAUGUCAGGCAUUUAUCGUACCGAUUAUAUAUUAUACGAAAAAAUAAGUACCUAAACGCAACAGCAAUUUUAAGAUUUGCUGUAAUAGUCGCGAGCGAAUACCUCAUAGAAAAAAAGUUGAUCUUUUACGCGUGCAAUUUAAUACAUAUACAAGCGACGCUGACGCGCUGCUAUCUUCUUCUUUUAUCUCCUAUAGUAUUAUUAGAAUAAAUAUUAUAUACAUCACUUACGAAUUUUCAAAGAUUGAUGCAACGAUACACCUGCAAAGAGCUAUAUUUAUACAACAAACGACGUUCUCCGAUUAUUGCGUUAUUACAUUGUUGUUACACACUUUUGAAAAUGAUAGACAGAUGCAUUUGAUUUUGCCACAUCCGACAAAAAGAUUUGCAUUAAAAAAUUUUUCGUAUUGCGAAGAUUGUGCCUGCAUAUCAUUUUCAAAAUCUCCCAUUAGUCUAAGCAAUUAAACUGUUCGAGCCAACGUAAUACUCAGUAAGCGAAACUCGUUACUACAUCUUAUAAAUAUAUAAUGAUUAAUUAACUAAAAAAAAAGAACUAUUGAUUUUCCUUUAUUUUUUAUAUACCUACUUUGUACAUGCAAUUUCGUAAACAGCGUUGUUUCUGUCGACACGUUUACCUCAAAACUGCACACUUUUACAUUUGUCAAUGAAAACUCCGCAAUAGCUGAUGAGCUCUAUACCGAGUGUAUAUAUAACAAUUCAACUAUCGAAACGUCUCUUAUCUUUAUUUUGUUAAUUCUGCAUUAUUGAUUACUAGGGAACAAAGCAUCUAUUUUGUAUCAAAACUCCCACUGUUUAAAUAAAAAUCACAAAAAAAGCCUAUAA